CGACCGUUUCGACCUGCCCUCGUCGUGGCAGUCAUGGGCUGGGACUCUGAUGAUGACUGGGAGAACGAGAACCUCGAAGAGAAAUUGGAGAAAAAUCGAGUAGCGAAAGAGAAAGCUCAGAAGCGUCUGGAGACAGGUGAGGACGAGAGCAGUGAGGAAGAGGAGGAGGAGGAGGAGGAGAAAAAAGAAGUGCCCAAGGCCAAGAAGAGUACCUGGGAAGACAGCGAUGAGGAAGAAGAGGAAAGGCCAAAAGCAGCCCCAAAAGCGCAGCCCCAAGCAUCUGACGAUGACGAAGGGUGGGAAGACUUGGAAGAUGAAGACAAGAUUGAAGAGAAGCUGAUGGCGCAGCAAAAAGAGAAAGAGAAGCAGCGCAAGCGUGAUGCCGGUGAGGACACCGAAAGUGAAGGAGAGAAAGAGGUGAAGAAAGAAGAAAAGCCCAAGCCUGCGCCCAAGAAGAAGGGGCCAACACAGAAGGCUGAGGACGAAAAGCCCAAAGUUGAUCCUGAUCAGGUUAAGUUGGCUGAUCCCGAAGCUGAGAGGGCACGUUUGAGGAAAUUGGAGGAGGAGAGAGAUGCGCGGCUGGGAAUGGAUUUGUUUUCUGGCUUUGAAAAGAAGGAGUCCCUGCUCGAGAAGGAGAAGCGUGAAAAGGCAGAGGCAGCAGCUGCGAAGAAAGCCGCAGCAAAACCAAAGGCCACUGUCAUUGACGAAUUCGACAAUUUGGAGUUGAAGCUGAGCUCAGAUGUGGAUUCGCUGUGUGCAAAGUGCCUGAACAAGUUUGAGACUUCUACUCUCCAAAAGGGAGGACCGCAAAGAUUCCUGUCCAACCUCAUCAAGAGUUUGGAAAGCAGCUUCGACACUGCAGAUUUGGACAGCUUGGAGAAAAGCUUGUCGCAGCUUAUCAAGGACAAAAAGGCGACAAAGGCCAAUUCCACCUUGACGAAGGACAACAAGGCCUCCACAAAGAUCAACAAAAACACCAAGUUCAACAAGCAGUCUGAGUGGGAGGAUGUCUACGGAGGAGGUGAUGAUGAUGAGGACUGGACGCAAGAAGAGUGGGAUGCCUGGUAUGCAGAGCAGGAGAAGUAGUGCGAAAUGUGCGAAUGCCGGGCACGAGUGAACUGCUCGCCGCACUGAGAAUUGAGCACGACACUUGCGGUCACUUCUUGUAGUCACUUGCGGUUGCAGACCGAACGAUGAAGCCAGUGAGGGAGCACUAGAGCUCUGCUGCCGUGUGGCUCUACAGUGCUUAAGGUAAACCUCCAUGUCCCGGAAGGCCAGCGCAAGCAGACUUAUGGACUUAUGUUGAAUUAUCG